AUGGAGAAGCUGUGCCUCACACUAUACUUCUCAGCGUGCAAGUUGCGACAUUACAUGUUAUCCUUUACUACUUGCAUCAUAGCUCAGACUGAUCUAGUCAAAUAUAUGCUUUCGCGGCCUAUACUAAGAGGUCGCAUUGGCAAGUGGGUGCUCGCUUUGUCAGAAUUCUCGCUACAGUACGUACCACAGAAGGCAGUAAAAGGGCAAGCGAUUGCGGACUUCCUGGCACAUCACCCUAUGCUGGACACACUCGCCGUACGUGACUUGGAAGUCGCCACAGAGACGAUCACUCGACCAGACUUAACAUGCUUACCUGAGUACGCCGCGCUGUAUCAAGCCACAGUCUCACUCCAACCCUGGGUACUAUAUUUCGAUGGUUCUAGAACGGACACACUGGCAGGGGCAGGGGUUUUGGAAAACUCAGCCGCCGAUCGUUUUUCAUACUCUUUCCAGCUAGAGUUCUGGUGUACUAACAACCAAGCUGAAUAUGAGGCCCUCAUUAUAGGCCUAGAGGUAUUGCUGGAGCUAGGGGUACAAGACAUUCAAGUCCACGGAGACUCUUUACUCGUUAUUAAUCAGCUUCGCGAAAAGUUCCGGUGCACAAGCUUUUUGCUCGCUCCAUAUUUGGAUCGUGCACUUGAACUCCUGGUCCAAUUUGAUGACGUGGACUUGGAGCAUAUUCCUCGCGAGCGUAACUUUGCGGCCAAUGAACUCGCUGGAGCUAGGGUUGAGCGCCGCACGUUACCUUCGUGGCUCGCGUGGGCUGAUUCGCCUGCAGUGGCAGCUUUGGAUCUUAUCGAUGUGGACUGGCGUGUCCCCUUGAUUGCCUACCUUAAACAACCAGACCACUCUGCAGAUAGGAAGAUCCGUUUUCUCGUGCUAAAUUACUUUCUCAGGAACGACGAGCUGCUGCAGCGUGGGGAGGACGGCGUUGACUUCAAAUGUGUGUAUGGUCGCGAGGCCAAGUGCUUAAUGCGAGAGGCGCACGCGGGCGUGUGUGGGGCUCACCAAGCAGGCCCAAAGAUACGCUGGCUCAUCAGAAGACAAGGUUAUUAUUGGCCCAGCAUCUUAAAGGACUGUAUAACGUUCGCGAAAGGUUGCCAGGAUUGUCAGGCGCAUGGUCUGGUCCAGCACAUUCCAAAUAUACCCAUGCAGCCUAUUAUUAAACCUUGGCCGACACGCGGUUGGGCACUGGACCUGAUUGGCAUGAUUCACCCCCAUUCUUCUCUUCAGCACAAAUUCAUCAUCGUCGCCACCGACUUCUUUACUAAAUGGGUAGAGGCCGAGCCUUUAAAGGAGGCUUCCGGUGCCACCAUCCGACAAUUUAUCUUUAAUCACAUUAUUUGCAGGUUUGGCAUCCAAAGGUGUUGGUAUCGGAUAGGGGGGCAGCAUUCAUGA